AAAGACCUUAAUGCAAAGUUUAUUAUUUCAAUGGAAAAAAAUAAAACUACGAUCACAAACUUAAAGGUACCAGAGGGUGGUACUGGAGACACAGGACGAGAAAGAACUAAGACGUUUACCUAUGAUUUUUCCUAUUUCUCAGCAGACAGUAAAAGUCCCAGCUUUGUUUGUCAAGAAAUGGUUUUCAAAAAUCUUGGUACAGAUGUGCUUAAAUCUGCUUUUGAAGGUUAUAAUGCUUGUGUUUUUGCAUAUGGACAGACUGGAUCUGGGAAGUCCUACACCAUGAUGGGAAAUGCGGGUGAUGCAGGUUUAAUACCUCGAAUUUGUGAAGGAUUGUUCAGCAAAAUAAGUGAAAAAACAAAGCGGAAUGAGGCAUCCUUUCGCACAGAAGUCAGUUAUCUGGAAAUUUAUAAUGAACGCGUGAGAGAUCUUCUCAGACGGAAGUCAUCAAAAACUAACAAUUUACGAAUAAGAGAACACCCAAAAGAAGGGCCGUAUGUUGAAGAUUUGUCUAAACAUUUAGUGCAAAAUUAUACUGAUGUAGAGGAACUUAUGGAGGCAGGAAAUAUAAAUAGAACGACGGCUGCAACUGGAAUGAAUGAUGUCAGUAGCAGGUCGCACGCCAUUUUCACCAUCAACUUCACUCAGGCUAAAUUUGAUUCUGAAAUGCCUUGUGAAACUGUUAGCAAGAUUCAUUUGGUAGAUCUUGCUGGAAGUGAGAGAGCGGAUGCCACCGGUGCCACAGGGGUUAGAUUAAAGGAAGGAGGGAAUAUUAAUAAAUCUCUAGUUACUCUGGGAAAUGUAAUUUCUGCCUUAGCUGAUUUAUCUCAGGAUGCAACAAAUCCUCUUUCAAAGAAGAAACAAGUAUUUGUGCCUUACAGAGACUCCGUGUUGACUUGGCUAUUAAAAGACAGCCUAGGUGGAAACUCUAAAACUAUAAUGAUUGCCACUAUUUCACCUGCUGAUGUCAAUUAUGGAGAAACUUUAAGUACACUUCGCUAUGCAAAUAGAGCCAAAAACAUCAUCAACAAGCCUACUAUUAAUGAGGAUCCUAACGUCAAACUGAUCCGUGAGCUGAGAGCUGAAAUAGCCCGAUUAAAAGCCCUGCUCGCUCAAGGGAAUCAGAUCGCACUCUUGGAUUCUCCAACAGCUUUAAGUAUGGAAGAAAAGCUUCAGCAGAAUGAAGCAAGGGUGCAAGAACUGACCAAAGAGUGGACAAACAAGUGGAAUGAAACUCAAGAUAUUCUGAAAGAACAAACCUUGGCUUUGAGGAAAGAAGGGAUAGGUGUUGUGUUAGAUUCUGAACUGCCUCAUCUCAUUGGCAUUGAUGAUGAUCUGCUCAGUACUGGUAUCAUCUUGUACCACUUGAAGGAGGGCCAAACAUAUGUUGGCAGAGAAGAUGCUGUGACAGAACAGGAUAUUGUUCUUCAUGGCCUUGAUUUGGAAAGUGAACAUUGCAUCUUUGAAAAUCUUAACGGUACUGUGAAUCUAAUACCACUGAAUGGAGCGCAGUGUUCUGUGAAUGGUAUGCAGAUUACAGAGGCCACACACCUAAACCAAGGUGCUGUUAUAUUACUUGGAAGAACCAAUAUGUUUCGCUUUAACCACCCCAAAGAAGCUGCUAAGCUAAGAGAAAAAAGAAAGAGUGGACUGCUAUCUUCCUUCAGCUUGUCUAUGACAGAUCUUUCAAAAUCUUGUGAGAACCUGUCAGCGGUUAUGCUUUAUAAUCCAGGGUGA